AUGGCCAUGGUGCAGGAAAUGCAGAAAGCUGGCCCGGGGAAGGGCCAACGCCUCCCAACUGCCGACCACGUGACCAUCGGCGCGGCGGUCAAUGCCUGUGCAAGGGCCGCCCGCUGGGAGUUGACGCUGCAGCUGCUGCAGGCAUCGCCCUCGCUGGUGACCCUGGGUGCCGCCAUCUCCGCGCAGGAGAGGGCCAGCCAGUGGCAACGUGCUCUGCCGCUGCUGGCAUGGGCCCGGGAGCGUGAAGUCGACGUCACCGCGCCGGCGGUCAACGCGGCGCUCGCGGCGCUGGGCGUCGGGGCACAGUGGGUACUCUCUCUGCAGCUGCUGGAAGGGAUGACAGAGGCUGGCCCUGCGCCGAAUACAAUCUCCUUCAACAUCGUCCUCCGGACUUGUGCAGAUGCCUCACAGUGGCUCUUGGCCAUCGAGGCCAUGGAGAGGAUGAAGGCACACGGCUGCCCGCCGACACCGGUGACGUUCACGACGCUCAUGGGUGCCCUUGCCAACGCCACUCGCUGGCAGCAGGCCCUCUUGCAGCUGAAUGAGCUAAGCUUACUUUCAGUCACUCCCGACGUGGUAUGCCUCAACGCUGCGCUUACGGCCUGUAGUCGCAGCGCCGCCUGCGAAACCGCACUCUCGCUCGUGAGCAACUUUCCGUCCUACAACGUCGAGCCCAACAUCACCACAUUCAACAUCGCGCUGGCCUCAGCUGCGCCAAAGAAGUUGGAGGGCCGAUGCUACAAGGCGGGCCAGGAUGGCCCGGCGCUUGAUGAGCAGAAGACCCUGUCGGAUGCAAACCUCGAUCUUCGGGAGCCCUUGCAGGCGCUGGUGGGCACGGGCACCAUCGAGAUUGGAUCCUUAGUGCAAGUCCGACAGGACGUGCUGAAUCCAAAGUUUGGCUGGGGCAAGGUGAAGCGCGGCGACUGUGGGCAAGUGGUCGAGUUUCUCGUUGGAGACGGUGUCAGCGUCGAUUUCCCAUGUCAGAAGGGCUGGACCGGGGCCUUGAACGAGGUGGAGCUGAGCAGAGCGUAA